CAAAAAAUAUAAAACAAAAAUUGAGGGGCUAGAUUGAAAUAAUGAGAGUUGCCGCUUGGGAUUCCUCAACAGGAAGAACAGGAUUGGCGUGGAUGAUAAAGCAUCCAGCUUCUAGCAACCAGGAAUCAGGAUCACAGACAAUCGAUAGCGUCUCUUCACCUCUAGUGGCAGAAGCACUAGCACUUCGCUUAGGGCUCCAGAUCGCAACAUCGAAAGGAAUCUCAGAAAUCUUCUUUCUUUCCGACUACUCAACGCUCAUCAGAGCUAUCUCAAGCAAAUCCCAGAUCAAAGAGAUCUUUGUUUACAUGGCGAUGGCUGCAGCUGUAAUCGUGCCUUUAGGCCUUCUCUUCUUCGUCUCCGGUCUCCUUGUGAACCUCCUUCAGGCAAUUUGUUAUGUACUCAUUAGACCUCUGUCUAAGAACACAUACAGAAAAAUCAACCGGGUGGUUGCAGAAACCUUGUGGCUUGAGCUUGUCUGGAUCGUUGACUGGUGGGCAGGAGUAAAGAUCAAAGUGUUUACUGAUAAUGAGACAUUUAAUCGAAUGGGCAAAGAACAUGCUCUUGUCGUUUGUAAUCACCGAAGUGAUAUUGAUUGGCUUGUUGGAUGGAUUCUGGCUCAGAGGUCAGGUUGCCUGGGAAGCGCAUUAGCUGUAACCAAGAAGUCUUCCAAAUUUCUUCCAGUCAUAGGCUGGUCAAUGUGGUUCUCGGAGUAUUUAUUUCUGGAAAGAAAUUGGGCAAAGGAUGAAAACACUAUAAAGUCAGGUCUUCGACGCUUGAGCGACUUCCCUCAACCUUUCUGGUUAGCUCUUUUUGUGGAGGGAACCCGCUUUACAGAGACAAAACUUAAAGCAGCACAAGAGUACGCAGCUUCGUCUGAGUUGCGUAUCCCUCGUAAUGUCUUGAUUCCUCGUACCAAAGGUUUUGUGUCGUCUGUUAGUAAUAUGCGUUCAUUUGUCCCAUCCAUUUAUGAUAUGACCGUGGCUAUUCCUAAAACUUCUCCACCCCCAACAAUGCUAAGACUAUUCAAAGGACAACCUUCUGUGGUGCAUGUUCACAUAAAGUGUCACUCGAUGAAAGACUUGCCUGAAUCAGAUGAGGCAAUUGCACAGUGGUGCAUAAAUCAGUUUGUGGCUAAGGAUGCACUGUUAGAUGAACACAUAGCUGCAGACACUUUCCCGGGUCAGCAAGAACAGAACAUUGGCCGUCCCAUAAAGUCUCUUGCAGUGGUUCUAUCAUGGGCCUGCAUACUAACUCUCGGAGCAAUGAAAUUCUUACACUGGGCAAAUCUCUUUUCCUCAUGGAAAGGCAUGGCGUUGUCGGCGCUCGGUCUAGGUAUCAUCACUCUCUGUAUGCAGAUACUUAUCCGUUCCUCUCAGUCAGAACGUUCGACCCCAGCCAAGCCAAAUGACCAUCAUCACGCAGGAUCACCAUCCCGAAUAGAAAAGAAGUAAAAAGAUGGAUCUAACAAUAGUAACAUAUUUUACAACAAACACGACAAGAACCGUAUCAGUUUUGUUCAGCUACUGCUACUGCAACUACUACUAUUACUAAUACGAUUUACUCAGCCUAUGUCUCUUAGUCGUUUGAUGUAAAGUGUAAUGUAGGCCUUGUGUAACUUUCUAUUAUUAGAUUGGAAUAUGGGAUUGAUCUUAAGACUUU